AAAGAAAGUUUUUUCCGUUAAUAUUUCAGCGGAGUAACACCAACAGGUCCUGAAAUCCUGAAAGAAUUGAUUGGCACAUUAUGCGGAACAUUUAUUACGCCAUUUUGCUGGUAUUGUUUGGCCACAUCUAUAAUGUCUGCGGACUGUCGGGGACAAAUCCCGUAAUUGAUACUAAAGUUGGCCCAAUUCGUGGUUUACGAGGCACUGAUGGCGAUUAUUCAAUGUUUCUUGGGAUACCUUACGCAGUUGUCAAUAAAACUAAUCCUUUUGGGGCCUCUUUACCGCAACCCAAAUUCCGGAAAGUGUUUGAUGCCUUCAACGAUUCUGCAAUAUGUCCUCAAAUUGAAGAAUUUAACAAUACCAUAGUUGGGACACUAGACUGCCUUCAUAUAAACAUUUUUGUUCCAAACUCAGCCAGCCCAAAUAAUCCGUUACCCGUACUGGUCUACAUCUACGGUGGUUUCUACACGAUCGGGUUCGCAGGCAGAUACGUAUAUGGACCUCGUUUCUUGAUGAAACAAGACAUUAUUUUGAUAACGUUUAACUACCGUCUUGGUCCGUACGGAUUUAUGUGUCUUGAUACACCAGAAGUACCCGGAAACCAAGGAUUGAAAGAUCAAAAAUUAGCACUAAAGUGGAUAAAAGAGAAUAUAGAAGCGUUUGGCGGAAACUCGAGUAAAAUGACAUUAUGUGGCAGCAGCUCUGGUGCUACAGCCGUGGACUUCCAUUUCAUAUAUAGUCACGAAAAAUUAUUUGACCAAGUUAUAAUGCAAAGUGGUACUGCUUUGUACCCAUGGUCUAUGCUGCAACCAGAUCCAAUGGCACCACUGAAAUUAUCUAAGCAUCUCGGCUCCACUGCCACGACCAUUGACGAAGCUCUAGCAUUCCUGUCUACAGUUAGUCCCAAUUUAUUAAUUGCAGCAACUUCCGAACUGGAUCUCAAAUUUCGGCCAUGUGUAGAAAAUUACAUUGGAAACGGUGAAAAGUUUAUUUAUGACUAUCCUGUGAAUAUUAAAAAGCCGAGUCUUGGGAAUGUUCCUGUUCUCUUAGGAUGCAAUAGCCACGAAGCUCUUGCAAGUAUCGAAGUAAUACCGCCGGAAAAUUUCACACAUUUUGGUUUAUUUUUUGAUAAUCUAAAUCAGUAUUUCGACUUAGACUCAGAAGAACUUAUGAAAGUUCAGAAGAUAAUACAACGGUUCUACAUUGGAGAUGAAAAAGUAAGCAUACAAGUGAAAUCAGAAAUCAGUAAAUUAAAUUCAGAUUUUUAUUAUAAUUAUCCUGUUGUUCGAACUAUCCAAAAGUACCUUGACAAUGGAUUGGACAAAAUAUAUUACUAUGAAUUUGGUCACAGUGGAGAAAGGAACUUUUUGAAAGCCAGAUUUAAUGUAACAGCAAAAGGAGCAUGUCAUGCAGAUGAACUUGGAUAUCUCUUUGACGUAUCCUACAUGGAUAAAAACAUCACAUCUGACGACAAGCUGAUCAUCGACCGUAUGUCUACUUUGUGGGCUAAUUUCGUGAAAUACGGAAACCCAACUCCACAAACAAGUAAACUGCUACCUCUUGAAUGGCCGCUGGUUACAAACGAUUUUCUGAAUUACUUAAGCAUCGACACCGAACUCAAAGUCAAAAGGAGAAACUUCAAAGCUCGCAUGGCGUUUUGGGAGCUGUUUUAUAAACUCUAUGAAAAAUCUCAAAUCGGUUACAGAGAAAAUACCGACGAAUUUACAUGUCCCGCGACAUUGCGCAAAGUAAUUUUCUAUAAACAAGUGAUAGAUGGCUACUCUUGCGUAUGAUUAUAUGUAUACCUAUAAUCGGCAGUCAAGUAAGUCAUUUCCAUCUAUGAAGGAAUAGAAUUCAUGUUAUAAGGUAUUAGUGUUGACAACAUUCUAUCUGUGAUCCACAAAUUGUUGUUACGGGCCUCGGCAUAUCUAUGAAAAAUUGUACCUAUGUUUGUUAAUACACCCACGACAAGGAAGAAAAUCUAAAAAUGUAAAAAAAAAGAAACUAAGAAAGAAAAUAAGCGAGCAAAGACUUUACAAAAGGUCGGCCAGGUCAGUACCUAUAGUAGUUAUCUUGUUUGUCGUUUAUUGGACGGUGACAACAGUAACAGUAGCAUCCGUCUCUCCGACCAACGACUAUGUUUAUCUUAUUAAUUUAACGACAGCGGCUUAGGGAGAGCCAUAAUAUUAUUUCUUGAUCGGAAUACACGGAAUGUGUUAUAUGUUGUGUAUCUUCGAAAGUCAAAUAGCCAUCAUAUUAAGGCAUAUUUUACACUUGGUAAUAGUUUUAAGGCAAAGCAUUUGAAGUUAAGUUAGACAUUUUUCUUAACAUUAGCCUCGACCCUAUAACGUAACACUCAUAAUAGUGAAGAAAAAUUAUUUUAUGA